AUGGUUGUUACUUCUGUAUUUUUCAUGCAGUACAUGAAUAAUUUGGCUUACUUAUCCAGCGCGGCUUUCUCAUCCAUUCCACCAGAGUUAGUUCCAGACUUGCAAAGAAUGCUAUCUGCAAAUGAGUCUUUCAGGCCGACAGCCUUGGAUUUUACAGGUUCCCCUUUUUUCCGUGAUGACACUCGUUUGCGUGCUCUUCGUUUCCUGGACCACAUGCUUGAAAGAGAUAACGUGCAGAAGUCUGAGUUUCUAAAAGCAUUAUCAGACAUGUGGAAAGAUUUUGAUUCCCGUGUAUUGCGUUAUAAGGGGGUUGUUGGAGUGGUGUGGGGGUUAUGGGGUGAUGGCAGACAGGGGCCGUGGUGUGAGAGAGAAGAAUUAGAGAGAUGGAGAAAGAGGGGCAGAAGGGGUUACCUUAGUGAUGGUGGUGCUGAUGACACUAGAUCUGGCGGUUCAGGUGUGGUUACUGUUGGCUUUGGUGGAUGGCCUGCGUGA